AUUUAGAGUACAAUUAUUCAGAAUUCAUAACGUUGCGAUAAUUUUUUCUUGAUUUUGGUAUUGUAGAUGUUGAAAGGAGAAGUGUACUUGCUUGCAAGAUUUGGAGGAUGUUACGUUGCGGAAAUUGAGACUAAUAAUGGAAGUGGGAUUACAUCAAGAAGAAAUGAAGAUGGUUUCCACCGAUAUUCAAAAACAAGUUGUAUAGAAAUGCAUAAAAUGAAUGAGAGGAGACGUAGAUACAGGAUUGCUAAAAAGAUGAAGGUACUGGAGGAAUUAAUCCCUAAUUGUAACAAGUCAAAUAGAGCCUCAGUACUUGAUCAAGCCAUACAACACAUUCAGGCCUUACAACACCAAGUCCAGGUGAUGUCAAUGGAUAGAAUCCGUGCAUCGACCCUAGUAGCUGCAGAGAGAAACCAAAUAAUGCAGAGUACUCUGUAUUUUAAUCCUUACAUGCCUAUAAUGCCAAGGAUUGGAGCAAUUGGCUAUUUUUUUGGUUUUGGAAAAUCUUUUACUUAUAGCAAUAUGUGUUGCUCCAAUUUUUCCCCAAUGUUGUCAACAGGAGGUCAAUUUCCAUUUUUACCCCUCUCCGACGCCAAUAACUUACUGCAUCCCGUGCCUAUAAUGGAAGCAUUUACGCGAGGCUCUGCAUCCGUUGCUCCACCAGAAAAACGCGAUUAGUUGAAAAGGAAAUCUACAGUAUGUUGUUCGAAAUUCAUUUGUCAUUUUCAGUUAUAAGGUUUAGAAUAGUAUUAGAGAAAUGUGCAAAUCAAGUGUCUUAGUAUAAAUAGGCAUGCAGCGAUUUGAGCUACAUAGA